CUCGACGCGCGAAAUGCGCAGGCUUAUCGGAAGAAGCUCUUCCCCUUCCUUCUUUCUUCUAGAUAUGUACUUUUGACUUGGUUGCAACGCCCUAUAUUAGUGCAAGAAGCGGACAUGAAGCGUCCUUGGCCGAGGAAUUGAAGAGAGAGGAGCAGAAACAAUGGCUGAGAAGGGAGUGAAGCUAUUUGGAAUGUCGUUGGGGCUCCUUGCCUUGAGGGCGGAAUGGGCCCUUAAGCUGAAAGGGGUCGAGUACGAGUAUGUGGAGGAGGAUCUACUCAACAAGAGCGAGGAGCUCCUUCGCUACAACCCGGUGACCAAGAAGGUUCCGGUUCUCGUGCAUGAAUGGGCCCUUAAGCUGAAAGGGGUCGAGUACGAGUAUGUGGAGGAGGAUCUACUCAACAAGAGCGAGGAGCUCCUUCGCUACAACCCGGUGACCAAGAAGGUUCCGGUUCUCGUGCAUGAAUGGGCCCUUAAGCUGAAAGGGGUCGAGUACGAGUAUGUGGAGGAGGAUCUACUCAACAAGAGCGAGGAGCUCCUUCGCUACAACCCGGUGACCAAGAAGGUUCCGGUUCUCGUGCAUGAAUGGGCCCUUAAGCUGAAAGGGGUCGAGUACGAGUAUGUGGAGGAGGAUCUACUCAACAAGAGCGAGGAGCUCCUUCGCUACAACCCGGUGACCAAGAAGGUUCCGGUUCUCGUGCAUGAAUGGGCCCUUAAGCUGAAAGGGGUCGAGUACGAGUAUGUGGAGGAGGAUCUACUCAACAAGAGCGAGGAGCUCCUUCGCUACAACCCGGUGACCAAGAAGGUUCCGGUUCUCGUGCAUGAAUGGGCCCUUAAGCUGAAAGGGGUCGAGUACGAGUAUGUGGAGGAGGAUCUACUCAACAAGAGCGAGGAACUCCUUCGCUACAACCCGGUGACCAAGAAGGUUCCGGUUCUCGUAGUGCAUGACGGGAAGCCGAUGCCAGAGUCGCUCGUUAUCAUCGAGUACGUCGAUGAGGUGUGGAAGGAUGGUUACCCCAUCAUGCCCAAGGACCCCCAUGAAAGGGCGCAGGCUCGGUUCUGGGCUAAGUUUGUAGAAGAUAAGAUAACCCCUCCAACAUAUGCAGUAUUCUGCACGACCGGAGAGCAGCAACAGAAGGCCUUACAAGAAGCUCAGGAGAGCUUCAAGACUCUCGAAGUGGCCCUCAAGGACAAGAAGUUUUUUGGAGGGGAGAAGAUCGGGUUCGUAGAUAUCGCAGCCGGCUGGUUGCCUUGUUGGGUUCGAAUGAUCGAGGAGAUCGUCGGCAUCAGCAUAGUGAACGAGAACAUCCAUCCUUUAAUCAAUGCAUGGUUUGAUAAUUUCUUGGCAUUGGAAUUGGUGAAGGGGAGCUUGCCCCCAAAAGAUAAGCUCUAUGCUCUUAACAAGGCUCGCCGCGAACAAUUUCUUGCAUGACAAAACUCCUAUAAAACUUGUUGCUGGUGCUUGUAUUUUAAGUAAUGUAUUUAAUAAAAACUAGAAAGUGCUUAAUAAAUAAAAUUAGGAGGGAUAUGCUCCUAUGUCGUUAA